AUGAAUAUAUACACAGCCCCGGAGGCUAUCAAUAUUGUGAAUCAUCAUCCCCAACAGUCAGUAGAGCCUCCCGAUGAUAAUAUUUACAAACACAAUCAACCACAGUACGCAAAGAAACCCGCUAAGAGAAGUUAUCUAUAUGAGAAAUUAAAAUCCAUUUUUAUUGCUCAAAGAAAUAGUCCGACCGAACAUCAGUCGGAUGGGAACCCUUUUUAUAAGUCGUGGCUAAGCUUCAAAAAAGGUUUACCAUCCAAUGAGGACAAAAGUGGCGAGUACGAUCAAUUCUUAACUAAUUUCCAAGAUGUGACUAUACCUAUUGGAAUCAGAACACCCUCAAUUCGCGUGAAUGUUCGCGAGGAUCAAAACAUUGUACCCACUGAUCAGCUAAAACUUAGAGAUCUGGAACCAAGUGAGGCUUCUAAUCCUGCGCUUGGCACUAAUAACAUGAAUUGGUCUAAACCAGAAAUUAAUGACCAACAAGACAUGACAAAAAUAGGCUCUAAUGGUGACAUAACUAAUGAAUGGAGAGUUAAUAGUAUUGGCGAUUUAUCUUUCAAUGCCAACAGAAGUACAAACGGAGAUGAUGAGGAAAAACCUAAAUCUGCGCCAGGUUCCUAUGAUCCAUAUCCCAAACAGUUUGACCCUAAUACUAUAGAUAUGUCGUCGAUGGCAAUUGUACAGAACCCAAUUUAUAGAAGAAAUGUCUACCUACAAGCCAUAAAAAAAAGGCUAAGAGCUAUCUCUUCAAAGAGAAGUGAGUUGUGGAAAGCUGAGAGGAAAUUACUAAAGGAUUUAAGUACCUGGGAAAAGAACCCAUAUCUAAUUGGAACUGUAACACCAUCUUUGGUGGAUGAUAUAAUAAGUUUGUUUAACAAGGAUGUCGAAUAUGAACAAAGAGUUAGUCAAGCGCUGAAACUAUUGGUUGAUAGUUUAGGAUUUGUAUCAAAAAGGGAAACAGAAUUGAUAAAUGCAAAAAAAGAGCUCAACGCUGUUCUUACAAAAUAUAAUAAAUCAAAAGAAAAAAAACCAGAAACUAACGAAGAAUUACAAAUACUGAAAGAGCGAGUGAUUACAGUACAACAGUCGCUUGAAGUAAUUCAAUUCCACUAUGACCAGUCCAUAUCGGUAUUUGCCAGAAAACAAUUCACCAAUUUCGGCAUCGAGUUAUUUGAAUCUUGUUCAGGUCUGAAGAAUAAUGCAGGAAAUUUUAUCAAAAAUUCAUUCACUGAAUUAGAGAAAGCAAACGCAGAUUGCUUCACAGAAGAUUUAGAAAAUCUUAGGAGACGCCGGGCACAACAAUACUGGUCUACACUACCACCAGAAGAUAGAAGAAACCCAAUAAAAUGGGAAAAUCUUAAAUCAGGUUUAUAUGAACACGAAGAUUCAUUAUUGAAAAUUGUGUACAGCUCUCUCCCAACUGUUUACUCACCAAAUUCGAUCUCUAAAUACCCAUUAAACUUUGAUGAGAUGCCCCACAAUUUUGGAAUCUCGGAAGAGUCAUAUAUAUUUAAAUCAUGGCAAGAACUCGAUCAAGAGGCCAAAAACCAACCAACCGAUAAUGCUGAUCAAACUCAGAAUUGGAAAUAUGAAUCACAUGAAAACAAACAUACCACUAACAUUUUCGAUGAAAAUUAUAGAGAUACUAGCUCCCAAACAAUCACUAAAAUGCCUGUAAACACAAUAGAGGGACGAACGAUUAAUAGAGAUGUCAGAGUUUCAGAAAACAGGAAUUCUAACCAGGAGUCCACUAAUGACAGUGUAUUAAAAUUGAAUGAAGCCAUUAAACAAGCUGAGGGAACUCUUGAAGAAAAUGGCUGGGCGGCCAAUUCAAGCUCUAUACCAGGAAAUAAGGAAAACAAAAAUGAAAGUUAA